CCAGGAUGCCCCGGGGCGGGGCUGGCCGGAAGGCCGCGUGCCCUCCGCGGGGCAUGAUGGGGGAAUCGGAGAUUUCCAUCAUGGCGGCUUCCAUUUCGGGCUACACCUUCAGCGCCGUGUGUUUCCACAGCGCCAACAGCAACGCCGACCACGAAGGAUUUUUGCUGGGAGAGGUGAGACAAGAGGAAACCUUUAGCAUCAGUGACUCCCAAAUCAGCAACACAGAGUUCCUGCAAGUCAUUGAAAUCCAUAACCAUCAGCCUUGUUCAAAGCUUUUUAGUUUUUAUGACUACGCAAGCAAAGUUAACGAAGAGAGUUUGGACAGGAUUCUUAAAGAUCGGAGAAAGAUUUCACAGGACUUGUCGCCCUGCCCUCCGGUUCCGCUGCAGAAGGUGAUCGGGUGGUACCGGUUCCGGCGGAACACACAGCAGCAGAUGUCGUACCGGGAGCAGGUCCUCCACAAGCAGCUCACCCGCAUCCUCGGGGUGCCCGACCUCGUCUUCCUGCUCUUCAGCUUCAUCUCCACUGCCAACAGCUCCACGCACGCUCUGGAGUACGUCCUCUUCAGGCCAAACCGGAGGUACAAUCAAAGGAUCUCCCUUGCUAUUCCCAACCUGGGCAACACCAGCCAGCAAGAGUAUAAAGUGUCCUCGGUGCCAAACACAUCUCAGAGUUACGCCAGAGUCAUUAAAGAGCACGGCACUGACUUCUUUGACAAGGACGGAGUCAUGAAGGACAUCAGGGCCAUCUACCAGGUUUACAACGCGCUGCAGGAGAAGGUGCAGGCAGUGUGCGCCGAUGUGGAGAAGAGUGAGCGCGUGGUGGAGUCCUGUGAGGCUGAAGUGGACAAGUUGAGAAGACAAGUCACUCAGAGGAAAAAUGAGAAGGAACAAGAGAGACGGCUGCAGCAGGCGGCGGGCAGCAGGCAGGGGCCGCCCGAGAGCCUGGAGCCGGCGCUUAGCCCGCGGACGCCGUACCCGGGGUUCGCCGCUGACGGUGGAAGUGCACUGGCAGAGGCCGAGGCCUCGGACCCCCCGCCCCCUUAUUCAGAUUUUCACCCAAACAAUCAAGAAAGUACUUUGAGCCAUUCUCGAGUGGAAACAAGUGUCUUUAUGCCUCGACCUCAAGCUGUGGGUUCCUCCAGCUUUGCCCCCAACAGUGCUGGACUGAAGUACCCCGGAGGGGGAGCAGGGCUCCCUCCCCAGAGAGCCGCGGGGGACAGCGCGGAGGAGACAGACGACAGUGAUUAUGAAAACCUGAUCGACCCAACAGAGCCCCCCAGCAGCGAGCACCCGCCCUCCAGGGAUUCUCGGCCCACAACACAUCCCGACGGGGCCUCCAGGAACGCUCAGACCUCCCAGAUUUAACUCCCAGAGGGAACUCCAUCAGCACUGCUUCUUAAUCACGACUGGAGAGUUUUGUGAGAACUAAACCCGGCGGGAGAGCUGUUUCCCCAGACCCCGGGCUCCCGAGGGCAUCCUGGGCACAGAACUGGCAGCCGCGCUUCCCCGGGCUCCCUGGGCCUCCCCGGCCACCUCGCAGGUGUCCCGACAGAAUCACUAAGAUAAUCAAGUUGCCCUACUUCUGGUGCGAUCAUGGAAAUCCUGGUAAAUUCAGGCAGAGAAACCUGUCGGCAGUUUCUGUUCUUUAAAAUAAAUUGGGAAUCAGAGACUAAGCACAAUUAGUCUAUCAAUGUUCUGUAAAUCAAAACUUACCUCUUGCACUAUCAUGCCUUGAAAUUCACUUUUUCAAAGGGAAAUGAGUUUAGCAGCAGCCUCGAAAGAACCCUCUUUCUGUGACGAGCCAAAUUCAUCUUUGCCAGAAAAGAAAUUGUGAUUAAUUCCACGAAGCCCGAUCAGAACAGACCAGCUGAACCUUCUCUUGUCUGCAUGACUAUAAGGUCAAAGGGAGGGCUUAGUUUUACCCGUUUUCUAGUAGCCUGGUACGUAUUGUCACUAAAAAUGGUUGCCUUUAACAACACGUAGAAGUACUAAUUACCUGUAAGUAGCCACCCAAAUAAGUAUGUCCUCAGACUCCUUUCUCUGGUGGGAUGACAGUCACUCUGGGUCGCACCGGCCACAUUACGGUCUCUGGAGCCUUAGAUGAAGGACACGCGGUGGCCAGGGAGGGAGCGCCAUCGCGAGCUGAGCUUGGUGAUGGACGGGACCCAGCGCGGGUCAGCCGUCACGUGGACGGGACGGGACUGCACUAGCCUGCCUGACAAAUCUCAGCGUCAGCUUUAUUUGUGGAGGGAAGACAUUUGAUAAGCUGUUUGAGAAUCGUGGUGAAUAGACUUAUUUUAAGUCUGAAUAACCAUACUUUUUUUUAAGCUGCCAUUUGGAAGAGAAUUGUGAAUGUCGGACUUCCUGUUAGGAUGCUCCUGUAUUUUUAUUUAAUUACUGCUUGUUUCCUAGUUUUGCCCAGAAUGUGUGAAACCACGGAACACAUCCUGAGCCUGUCAGGCUUCUGGCCAGGGAGUGACCAGACGGCGUGGUGCGGAGGCAGCCACGAGCUGCUGUGGGCCAUCACUGCCUUCGCUGUGGACUGGAGCCGGUGGGAGGGAGGGGGCAGCGUCCGAGGCUUCGUGGGGAAGCAGUCCCGUGGCCCGGAGGGAGCUGACUCCCAGCUUGGCUCCAGCGCUCAGUGAGCCGUGCGGACUGAGGGAGCCGCCGGGCCGCCCUCCGUCCAUGUCCGCUUUGUGGCCUGGUCCUGCCGUCCGGCGCCGGCCUCGAAUCACCCCGUGUGGCGGGAAGCCUCCCAGGCGUGUUCUGGUGAAUCAGCCCCCCUCCCCCUGUGGCCCAGGUCCAGGUGAAUUUAAGUUAAUUUCUGUAAGUGCCAUUGCCAUCUCUCUGUUCAUGUUUGACCUUCGGAAAUACGUUUAUUUUAUGCCAUACUGAGAGCUACGGUGUACACUGACCAGCAGCUAAAUGUGACAAUAAAGCCCAUUUAAUCCUGGCA